AUGGCAACAAUAAUACGAAGUAAAGAAAAUGAUUGUGAUUUUUCUUUAUUUAAAACACCACGUCAUACUCCUAUGCGUACACCAAUACACAAUCGUAUGUUACCAUCAGCAACAAUAAAUGAUUUAGCUUAUUAUUCAAAUAAUAUUAAGAAUCUUAAAUUGGUUAGUACAACAAGUAUGAAUGAUUUACAAUCAUGUAAUGAUACAAUGAUAACACCAAUCCGUUUAAAUAAAAAUAAGUUUUCUACACCAGGAUCUAUUCAACGUCGUCGUGCUUUAGGUCUUGUUAAUAACAAUAAUAAUCAUCACCAUCAUCAAAUAUGUCAUACAUUAUCAAGUGAUGAUCCUUCAACAUUAACUACUUUUAAAGAAUUAAAUAAUGAAUAUGAUGAACCUGUCAUUCUUCAGGCACCAUCAUCUAAUAUGACACAUUCUUCUCAUAUCGAAGAUGAUCUUCCACAUAAAUCAAAUAAUACUCAUUCUUAUGAAGAUACAUUUGAUGAUCUUAUACCAACUGAUGAACGUAUUGAACGUAUGAUUACAAAUCAAACAGAUGGUGUUAAUUUAUUUACCUUUUCUGGUGGUAUCGAUAAUACAAUUCGAUGUCAAUCACCUCACUGUUUUCCUAUUGAUAUAUCUUGUCUACUUGAUAUUCUCAAUUAA